GCUCCUGUCAAUCAACCCCCGCGCCGCGCCGCGCGACACCGGCCGUUCGUCAAGUUCGGUCGAAUAGCAGCGGCUUGUGGAUUAAAUAAAAACUCCGAGAAAGCCGGCGGCUGUGUGAGCACAUCUCGUCUCCCCUUAGAAACUCUACCCGUGAGGAGAAAUGUGCCUGUACCGCGACAUAUAAUCAAAGGCGGCGUUUGAUUUGAUACGCCUGCAUUUCUUUCCAAACGAGAUAAAUUUUAAAAAAGGACUUUCCUAUCGGAUUCCCUUCGGUCCAGAUUGAUGUUGAAUACAAAGACCUUGACAUCUGUUUUUGUGCACAGCAUCAAUGUAAAGGUAUGAUGUGAAUAUGCGUUGCUUGGCAGCUCGAGUGAACUACAAGACCUUGAUUAUCAUCUGUGCUCUAUUUACACUGGUCACUGUACUUUUGUGGAAUAAAUGCUCGAGUGACAAAGCAAUUCAUUUUCCAAGACAUCUCAGCCACCUGGAGAACCUGGUUGGAAAAGGAGCAUUGGAAAAGAGAGAAUUUGAUUCUGAAGACGACAACGAUCUGGCUAACCUUUUAAGAGGGGGAAAGCCUGCAGCAAAGCAGCCAUCUGCAGAUGCAUUCCACCAGGAACAGCAGAGGGCUCCUCCUGUUGCCAGUAUUCUGAACAACAAUGCCAAUAAACUGUUGAGUAUUAAAUAUGAAGAAAUGGAUUGUUUAAUAAAUGAUGACUACACAAUAAAAGGCAGGCAGGAAGGCAAUGAGGUUUAUCUGCCCUUCAACUGGAUUGAGAAAUAUUUUGAGGUUUAUGGAAAGAUUGCCCAGUAUGAUGGUUACGAACGGUUUGAGUUUUCUCACAGUUAUUCAAAAGUAUACACCCCACGGGGUACUUACCGGCCAGAUGGGGUAUUCAUGUCAUUUGAAGGCUACAAUGUGGAAGUCCGCGAUCGUGUGAAGUGCAUCAGUGGUAUUGAAGGCGUUCCUUUGUCCACACAGUGGGGACCGCAAGGUUAUUUCUACCCUAUUCAGAUAGCACAAUAUGGGCUAAGUCAUUACAGUAAAAACCUCACUGAAAAGCCUCCACAUGCUGAAGUAUAUGAAGACGUGGAGAAAAGAGACAAAAGCACAAAGCAAACUGACUGGAUGGUGCCCAAAGGUUGUACUGUUUCUACAGUCUUUGACAAAACAAGAUCCAGCAAUGUAAACCAGUUCGCCACCCCAGAAUCUUCAGAGGGAGUUUCUCUGCUGCUUGGAAAUACAAAAGAUUUCAUCAUUUCAUUUGAGAUUAAAUUCUCCACAAACGGUAGUGUUUCAGUGGUACUGGAGACGACUGAAAAGAACCAGCUGUUUACAAUUCACUAUGUCACAAAUUCACAACUUAUAGCCUUCAAGGAUAAAGCCAUUUACUAUGGCAUAGGUCCUCGGACUAGCUGGAGUACUAUCACGAGGGAUCUUGUGACUGACCUGAAGAAAGGAGUUGGCUUGUCUAACACUAAGGCUGUAAAACAAACCAAAAUAAUGCCCAAGAAAGUCGUAAGGCUUGUUGCCAAGGGAAAAGGUUUUAUUGACAACAUCACGAUAGUGACUACGGCACACAUGCCUGCCUUCUUUGCUGCUAGUGACUGGCUGGUAAGAAAUCAGGACGAUAAAGGUGGCUGGCCAAUUAUGGUGACGCGCAAACUAGGCGAGGGAUUCAAGUCUUUGGAGCCUGGCUGGUAUUCGGCCAUGGCCCAAGGUCAAGCCAUGUCUACACUUGUAAGAGCCUACCUGCUUACAAGGGAACAGGUGUACCUCAAUUCAGCCUUACGGGCAAUCAUGCCCUUUACGCUCAAGUCAGAGGAUCAUGGGGUAAAAGCUGUGUUCAUGAAUAAAUACGAUUGGUAUGAAGAAUACCCAACUGCUCCCAGCUCUUUUGUUUUGAAUGGCUUCAUAUACUCUCUACUAGGUCUAUAUGAUCUGAAAGAAACAGCAGGUGAUAAACUAGGACAAGAAGCGAAGAAACUCUACGAUCGAGGCAUGGACUCUUUGAAAGCCAUGCUUCCACUGUUUGACACUGGCUCAGGUACAAUCUAUGAUCUCCGCCAUUUCAUGCUUGGUACAGCUCCAAACCUGGCACGCUGGGACUAUCACACCACCCACAUCAACCAGCUGCAACUGCUGAGCACAGUCGACGAUGCGCCUGUCUUUAAAGAAUUUGUGAAAAGAUGGAAGUCCUAUUUAAAAGGAGGGAGGGCUAAGCACAACUAGAGCUGAAAGCCAAAAUAUUAUCUUGUGAAUCAAUCAUUAUAAUAUGUGAGGAGGUUCCCUAAUUUAAACAUUUUUCUAAGUGUACAAACAGUACAUUUUGUAUCCCUGCCACCCUCUCAAUGGCACACUUUUAAGAGUCAAACACUCUAACUAUUUUAAAGAAAAAAAAAUCAAAUGGUUGCAAAACAAUAUGCGACUAAACAUUUGUUUUGGUUGAAGUUGCCGUUCUCUGGGGGGGGGGGCACAAUCAUGAACUGAACUUUCAACUCCGCAUACUGAUUCACCUUCAGCCUAUUCUGGCAAAACUAUCAUGUGAAUGGCACUUGCUGAUUUUUCAGCGCUGCUUUCAUUUCUGCCUACUGCUAUUUUUGUUGUCUCUUCUGCCUUGAUUUUGUUUUUGCAACCACUUGAUUAUAUUAAAUCACGUACCUUUUCAAUAGUAGAAUAAAUAAUUUUAUUUAAAAAAAAAUGUCAGCAUCUAUUUGGUAUUCCUGGUGCGGCAGCAAUCUGAUCACCUGCAUUCAGGGACUCUGAAUCCCUAUCUCAAGAAUCCAACUAAUUUGUUGAUUUCUCUGUGUAAAGAAAUGUUGAAAAUUGUGAUUAACCCCUAAGGUGGUUUGUGGGCAUAUUUUCUGUUUGGGGAUGAGGCUGUUCUUAAAAAGGAAUAGAAAGUAGCAUGAACUUUGAAAUUCAUUCAUAAUGUUCAACUGUAACUAGCACAGAAUAUUUUUCCAUUGUAUGUUUUAAAAAAAAGUCAUUUGAAGCUUAUUGCUCAUUUAGUUUUUGAUGCACAUGGCAAAGCACAACAGAAAAAAAAAAAGUUUAAAAUGUAACUGCACAAAUAUAGUAAUAUAUAUGUAUAGUGGAUUCUGUAAUACAGUGUAAGGGAUUGGUUGGGUUUCGGGUGGAAUAGGUCUGAUCCCCAAACUGUGCCAUUUUCACCCUUUUUAGCCUUGCCACUAUUUUUAUCCCACCCCUUUUCAUUCAUGAGCAGACCUGUUUCAAUUUGUCUGAUUUUCGUGUGGUGCUUAGCAUCCUGGGGUGAGGGUACAUCAUAACAAUGACUGUCUAACUUUGGUUAUUGUUUGGCUUUUUAAAGAAAAAAUGUUUGAUUGAAACAUGUUCCUGUAAUUCGAGCACUGCUUCUUUCUCACGCCUCAAUAACAGUUGUAAAUAUUAUGGGUAUCUUGUAUUUUGGUGUGUUGAUUUAAGGAGUAAAAAUGAGUUCAUUUCUUUUAUUAUUCCCUUUGUUUUAAACAUAAAAUGCACCAGAAUAAGUGGUGAAGAAGGUUGGUUAGUGGCACUAAAUGUGUUGCAUUCAUUUGUUUAAUGAAUGAUUAUGGGCCUAAAGUGGCAAUUGAUUAUUUUUGUAGGUGCUGACUGACCUUUUUUGUAUCUCUAAUUUAUUACAGUUGUAUUUUGGAUUUGCAUAAUUCUUCUAUUUUGAUUUUCAUUUCAAAUCCUAAACUGAAUGACUAUGAAGCAAUUUGGUACAGAAGGGGUGGUUAAAGCUAUAUUGUUACUGUAUUUUUAAAGUGUGCAUUCGACAAUAAAAUCACCAGCCCAGAAAUGGAUUUGAAUGCUGAAAUCAUUUGUACAAUAUUUUCAGAACUACUUUGGUUGCCAGAGUGUAUCCUUAGUUCAAAAGUCAGGACUUCAUCUUUCUCAAAUUGAUCUAAAAUAGUUACUGGGGUAUUUACCACAUUGGUUCUAAACAUAUUACGAUGACUUUUUAAAUAUAAACUUUCAAUAUAUGUUUUCCACAUGUGGGACCAAAUUGAUUUUUGAUAAUCUGUAUUGAUGUAUAGAACAUUUGCUAUAAUGAUGACAUGAUCAUUUGAUUCCUCGUUGAGGUGAUUUGUAUCUUUGAGCUUUCCUGAAAUUUUGUUAAACCUAUUUUUAAGCUCAAAGGAGUCAAAUUAUAAAAUUUACAACAUUUGAUAAUUCCCAUUUCCUAGUAAUGAUUAGUUAAUCCAAAUCUGUGAAUCAACGUUCAAAGUUCUGCUUAGUUAAUAAUGGAUUUGAGAAAGGAAAACUAUUUUCCUUUCUCUCGCAUUCCCCCCCCCCCCCCCCCCCCCCAUUUUUUUGUGCCUGUGCCUGCUUUUCUGACCUUAGUGCCAAGUAUGGAAUGAUGUAAAAUAUUCACUGCUUAGAUCCAAUUAUUUAGGAAAAAGAUACUGAAGAUUAUUUAUUUGCAAAAUUAUCGUCCACUGAUGUGUAUUUUAUCUUAAAAAUUGAUGCAUAUUUGAUUUUUCAAAACAGUGUAUCUAUAUCAAAGGUAUACAUUUUGCCAAUUGGAUGGAGAUUAAAUUAUGAAUGCAAAAUAUUUCACAUGUAUUUUUUAUCCAGCCUUUUCUGUUGCUGAAGCGUUUUCAAAUGCAACAUUAUAUUUUUUCUUUCUAUCUUUGUCCCCGACCCGCUAACAAUUGUCAUGGCUUGGUUCCUUUUGGCGAAGCAUUUUGAUAAUGGUUUUACAUUAGAAAUGUAUUGUUCUGUGUCUUUUUUGUUCACAAUCCGGGAUUCUGUUUAUUCAAAUUCAACUUCUCUUCAGAUCAUGUGAUGUGAAUACCAAAGCAUUAAAAAAAAAAAAUCCUUUCAAAACUUGAGCAAUUUCUUAUCAAGUUGAAAUAUUACACGUUUUUCUGGUCAUAAAAUGCAUUGGAAUUUAAGCUGCAGGUGGGUAUAUGCAAAUAGAUGCGUGGAAUAGUAACUUUGUGCUGAUGUACCCUGUCGAAACAAUGCGCAAGACUUUCACUGAAAGCUGCUAUUUUCAUUCACACUGUAUUUUUGAUUUUAACUUGUAUUUUUACACGUGGAUUUGAACCAUAUGUUGAAUAUGCAAUAACUUGUUUACUAAACACUGUUGCCUGUUGACUGGGUGAGGACAGUGUAGAGCUGUACCAAUUUGCAUUUGUUAAGCACAGUGUGCACACAGUAGUACAGCAUUGCUAUUUUGUACAUGGCAAAAAUCAUAAUUUUUCAAAUAAAGUGACCAUAUACUACGUUUAUAUAAAGAAAAUUGGUUGGAUUAAUCUUUGCUGUGCUGAGUAUCUUUGCUUACUGGAAUUAUACAAUAAAAUGUUUUCUAAAAAGG